UAUGUUUCCUGCAUCAAUCAUACGGGCCAGCACCAUAAUGGUCACUAUUUUAAAAUAGUACCAACAAACCUCUGGCCUGAAAUUCCAUUCUUAAUAAUGCGCUUCAACAAUCAGGGUCUAGAGCCUGAUAAGAAUGAGGACUGCUUUGUUAUAGAAACAAACCAAUCACGAAAAAAGUUUUGUGGCCGCCUACUUCAGGCUACCUGUAAUGUUGUAUUCAACAUCUUUGUACCAAAGGAUCGUACAGAGUGCGAGUAUAUUCUAUUUACCUCCCAUGGAACCCAUACACACCCUCCACCGCCAGGAAGGCGAACACCACAAGAGCUAAUAGCAGGACUAAUGUCUGUUAUUAGUCGGAUCAAUGAUCCAGCUCUCACAACAAAUGGACUACUCAAAAAUCCCGCUCUUCGUGAAUUCUGCCUACAGCACCAGGGAAAAUCCUUGAUCGAUGUUCAUAAAAGCUUUGCUAAUAUGGAUAAAGUCUCUGUUCUUAUCUAUAAGCAGAGGCUUCUUUCUUAUCCUGAGGGUCAGGAUAUUGCAGGAGUAGAGCAUGAGUUUAAAACUCGGCACCUUGGGAAUCCAGACGCGUAUAUUCAACGAAUCUAUAAUGACGGCGCGAAUAUACUUAUUUUCUGCUUCUUUAAGCAACAGGCAAAGCUCUUACUGCAGCUUGAAUCCUAUGAGUGCGAAAUGGGUUUUAAACGACUAUAUAACUCUGAGGAGAAGGAGAUAGUCUUUACAACGUUCUCACAGGAACACGGAAAAGUAAUUACACUUGCUCGAGUGCUAGUGAACCGCGAAUCUGUUGUUCUAUAUGAGAGGAUGUUUUCAAUGUUCUUUGACACUGUUUCAAAGCUUUUUGAGGUUCCAAUUCUAUGGUUUCAUAUACAUGGCCGUGGCUUCCGGGCUAUGGUAAUGGAUAUGGAUACAAAGCAGAUGCCAGGAUUUGGCCGCUAUCUCUCUGGGAUAGAUCCUCAGCGACGCCACUGGCAAUGGCAUGUCAAGCAUGCAGUUGUUUACUGCACAAUUCACUUUCAACAUGGUGUUGAGCGCGCAGUUGGUAUAGGAACUCGACGACCAACAUCUCUAUGGCAUCGAAUGAUAUCGCUCCAACACUGCCAGUCUGCAGAGGAGUAUAUGACUCUCUGUGAUCUCCUAAUGAACGACAAGGUCCAAGGGUGGGCACGACAUAAACGCCACCCUAUAAUAGCUAGUGGACUCAAUAAGUAUUGCUCUGACGUCGAUCCAGAGAUCUGGGACAAGUUAAGAAAAAAUACUAAUGCAACUGAGCAAACUCACUACAAGUCUGACUCUAUGGGGCGGCGCCUAAGUCUAUUGCGUGCAAUACAUUACGGAGAGAUUCUUGACCGCCGAGACUAUCAACAAGAGGCUGUUCGUACGUGGCAUGGAAUAGGUCAUACAUAUCGAUCGACUGCUCUUACGACUAGAUAUGAGGAAGCAAAUCGUAGGGAGAGUAAGUUGUCAUUAAUCCAUUAUCACUGCAUUACUAAUAUAUUCCUAAAGAGGCUCUCUUUGAAAGAGAACUUCAGGCAAGGCAGAAGCGGCGACGUAACGAUGAUGACGACGACUUUCCUGACUUUCUAUCAGAGGCAACAUCUUCUGGUGUAG